AUGUGCAGGCCUAUUCUGUUCAAAAUGAGCUUAUUACCAUUUCAGCUUCUUAAAGGAGCAAUAAAAGCUCGUAUCUCACACUCGAUCUCAUUCUGGAUGACAACGCCACGGUACUGGAGAAACUGUUCAUCAUACUUCAAAGCGAUCACAACAACAUCCCUUGAUGAUCGGCGAGGUGGAUGCAAAUGA